UUCCCUGAGAGCCUACGCAUUCAACUGAACCUCUUUGCGGGGCAGCUCUAUAUUUCGUCGUACAACGAGUAUCGUGAAAUACGCCGUUUCCUGGGAGUGGCGUCUACUGCCGCACCAGAGGGCUUGGCUGUCGCCGCGGAUGGGUUCAUCGUGGAGAAUCAACAAGCAGGGGCCCAGUUCACCAAAAAACCCCCCAGGGUUCUCAAGGUGUUCAUGUCACAGAUACGGAAGGACGGGCAGGAAAUUGACAAGACCCGCCUUGGGAACAUCCUAGACGGAAAACUAUUACUCAUGGCUGACUUC